AUGCCUCUCACAGCAUCCGAGGAUGCUGCAACGCUUUCCUCCCAAGAGGAACAUUAUUCCAUCUGGAAACGUUUCGGCGCCCGUGUCAGUGGUGCCUUUACCGGCGCAGACCCUCGAAUCUGUGUUGCUUUCUGGCUCUUUGGCCUCAUCAACAAUGUCCUAUAUGUGAUCAUCCUGUCGGCAGCUGUAGAUCUAGUUGGACCCGAUGUGCCCAAAGGCGUUGUUCUCCUCGCGGACGUGGUGCCGUCAUUCGCGACCAAACUCGUCGCCCCGUACGUUAUCCACCUGGUCCCAUAUUGGAUGCGUAUCCUUGUCUUUGCCUUCCUGUCGUCCAUGGGCAUGCUGGUCGUCGCCAUGAGCCCAGGUUAUAUUGAUGGGGGAACAGUGUCGUCCAAGGUCGCGGGAAUUAUCCUGGCCAGCUUUUCUUGCGGUGCUGGGGAGCUGAGUUUUGUGGGUCUCACGCACUUCUUUGGCCCGUUUAGUCUGGCUGCAUGGGGAAGUGGUACUGGCGCUGCUGGGUUGAUCGGAGCUGGUGCCUAUGCGCUCGCAACCUCAGCACUGGGCUUCUCCGUUCAUGUCACGUUGUUGGGUUCGGCCUGCUUACCGGCCAUAAUGGUUCUGAGUUUCUUUGUCGUGCUACCCAUGUCACCGCUCAGAUCUGAUGAAUCCGACAGUGAUCGAUAUCGUGUUGUUGAGGGUGGGGGCCAAGAGCAGGAAGAUGAAAUGAAUGGCGGCGCUGGUGGAGAACGCGAGGGGCUCUUGGGAGUGUCGCACAAUUCCUCCACCCGAAAGUCUAUCCAUAUCAACGAGGGUGGUUCCUGGCAGGACCAGACUCGCAUGAAUCUAUAUCGAAUCAAAGGACUUUUCAUUCCUUUCAUGGUUCCGAUGCUACUGGUCUACAUUGCUGAAUACGUAAUUAACCAAGGGGUGGCUCCAACCUUGCUUUUUCCCCUGCGUGAAUCGCCCUUUGAGCACUUCCGCUCGUUCUACCCCACCUAUAAUGCUAUCUACCAGAUCGGCGUCUUCAUAUCCCGAUCCUCGACCCCCUUCUACCGCAUUCACAAUCUGUACUUGCCGUCACUCCUGCAGGUGGUCAAUCUUGCGUUGCUGACCCUCCAUGCUCUGUUUAAUUUUAUCCCCAGUGUAUGGCUUGUGUUCAUCAUUGUCUUCUGGGAGGGCCUCCUCGGUGGAGUGGUAUAUGUCAAUACCUUUUCUGAGAUUGCUGAUCGUGUCCCUAACGAGGAUCACCAUGUCUUGGGGAGACCUUCGACUCGCUUCCGCAAGAUCCAAGUAUUUGCAGUUGUCUCAUUCUGGUCGAUUUACUUAUUAAGAGCAGAUAAACAUGGCCCACCGUUUAUUCGAUCCCUCUCAUCCCGCUUCACGGGAAAGUUGACAACAUGGCAGACAACAGUUAUCAUAUUCCUCUGGCUCUACCUCAGCCGGAACUUUGCCAAGAUCGUCGGGCUUGAAUGCCCUGAACCGCUUGCAAAUAUGUACUCGCGGUCCUUCUUUCGAGCAACAUGGAUUACCACUGGUCUGGAUGCGGGAUUUUGGACCGCUAUGAACAUAAAGCCGAAAUGGCUACGAGAUAUAGCUUCACUAGUCUUUACGGCUUACUAUCUAAUUGCUGCUGAACAGGCCGACGAGAAGGUUCGCCGGGUCCGUGCCACUCUGACACUAGAGCACCUGCGCGUGUCUUGGAACAAAGCCACCAGUCCCUACCUGUGGUCAUUGGCGAAAUUGCUACGGCCGCGAAUGACUCAAUUCCCGGCUCGAGCGAUUCGAAUUCCUCGCCCAGCGAAUUCUGUUUACACCGAGCCGGUACACGCGUGGCUGUAUUUCGAUGGCCCGUUAAGUGCGCUCCGAGAUCAGAGCCUGAUCGUGCUGGAUGUACCCGGUGGUGGGUUUGUGGCUAUGAGUCCUAGAAAUGCAGAAGACAAGCUACUGUCUUGGGCCGGAAGACUAAAGGUUCCCAUCCUGAGCAUUGAUUACAAGAAGGCACCGGAAUUUGCCUACCCGUAUGCACUGCAUGAAUGCUAUGAUGUAUACCAUAGCAUCAUUGCUACGAACGGUCAUUGUAUGGGUCUGAGUGGUAAGACCUGUCCUCGGAUUCUUGUCACUGGCGAGAGUGCCGGUGGCAACCUCGCAGUGGGCAUGGUCUUGAUGGUGUUACAGUCUGCGAUGUCUGAGGGUUUGCGAGGAGAGGAUGUGCUCCCAGCCCCGGAUGGUGUGAUUUUGGCAUACCCUGCGUUGAAUAUGAGGGUUGAGAGCUGGAUGAGUGAUGAGCAGAUGUCAUUGAUCCAGGAGAAGAGCACUCGUCAAACAAACCGCAGUGUUCUGCAACGAAAACAGGAUCAAUAUCGUAAACUCACGCCAUUCACAUCGCCAGGUAGCUCGGUAGAGGAUCUAACUGCUGUCUCACCACCAGAGACGGAACAGAAAAGCAAGGAAAUCAAUGCGGCCACCCAAGCUGCCAAAUCGCUAGAGGAUCAACUCCAAAAGAAUGAGAACUUAGCCCCAAAGCAUGUUGUUAUUGCAGAAAACGAAAUCACACCAAUCAAGACCCGACUAGCUGUCUCUUCCAUGAUCACCUAUGUCCACGACCGCAUCCUCACACCUGAAAUGACGCGUGCGAUGAUCAUCUUGUACAUCGGACCCCACCAUCGCCCCGACUUCAACACCGAUUUCUUCCUUUCUCCCGUCCUGGCCCCAGAUGCAUUACUCGCCCGCUUCCCGAAAACAUAUAUCAUGACCGGAGAGCGAGAUCCUCUGGUUGAUGACACGGUCAUAUUUGCAGGAAGACUGCGUCAAGCAAAACUGCAUCAGUACCGUGAGCGCCAGGACCUGGGGUUGGAGAGGGCAACCCGCCCUUUCAACGAGAGAAACUACAUUGAGGUCUCUCUCAUCCCAGGUAUUUCACAUGGAUUUAUGCAGAUGGCUGGCUUCUUCCCCGACGCGUGGAAGUAUAUCCAUCGCAGCGCGGACUGGCUGGAGACUCUAGCCCAGAAGAACAACGCCGACAGCUUCGAGGCCAAUUUAUUUAAAACUGACCGGAUUGUGAGUGGAUUGAAUGCCGACAAAUCCCUCAACUUCCCUGGCCCUGCAAAUAAUCAAACAAAUUCUGCGUACCAGGGACGCAACCACCAUCGCAAGUUUACUGGCGAGUCCUCCGGUGACGAUGACAGACCAUUGGAAAUGAGCGUGAGCAAAAUCACGUCAGCUGCUGGUAGUAGGGAUGCACUUACAUCAAAAUCUGAACACCGCACACGUCAAAGAAGAUCACGAUCCUCUUUUGCUUCCUCGCGAGUUCCCGGGCUUAGAUCGUUGGGAGAUGAUCGCAACGCUAAGGACGACUUGCUCGCUAAGCUCCAAUGUCUGGAGAGAGCGGGUCAUUCUGACCGUUUCGAUCCUGAUGAGACAAAUAGUGCUCCUGAGAGCCCGGGUACAGUCCGUCCGAGGGGACGGAGUAUCGCUUCUCUUGAUAGUGAAGAAGAUUUGCUGGAUCGUCGGAUGAAGGGGCUCGCUGGUGGGUUGAUGGGGAUCGGGGAAGGGGCGCAGACUCCUGGGUUGUAA